UUGGCGUUACGCAUUACCUUCGUCAACAACACUUUUUAUUUUUUCUUUUCUUUUCUAGUGAUUUUGAUCUGAAUAUCGUCAACAAACACUAUCAUACUGCGAACAGCGGAACAGCCAAACAGGUGACGAGUUUCUUGAAAGACUGAUCUAUGGCAGACGAGGACUUAUAUGUUAGAGAUGGAACAGUCGAUAUCCGCAAGAAUCCUGCCAACAAGAAGAAGACUGGAAAUUGGAGAGCAUGCCGCUUCAUUCUUGGCAAUGAAUGUUGUGAAAGAUUGGCAUACUAUGGCAUGAGUACAAACCUGGUGAACUAUCUGCAGCAACGGUUUGGCCAGGGUAAUGCAACUGCUGCAAAUAAUGUCACGACCUGGUCAGGGACAUGCUACAUCACACCAUUGCUUGGAGCCUUUUUAGCUGACGCGUACAUGGGAAGAUACUGGACAAUUGCUUCUUUUUCUACCAUCUACGUCAUUGGAAUGACGCUCUUAACAUUGUCAGCAGCUGCUCCUGGGCUAAAGCCAUCAUGUGAUGCUAGCGGUUGCCAUCCAUCAUCGCAACAAACAGCAGUUUGCUUUAUAGCACUUUACUUGAUUGCUCUUGGGACUGGCGGCAUCAAGCCAUGUGUGUCAUCUUUUGGUGCAGAUCAGUUUGAUGAAACUGAUGAGCAAGAGAAGAAAAGGAAGAGUUCUUUCUUCAAUUGGUUUUACUUUUCAAUUAACAUUGGUGCACUUGUUGCUUCCUCUUUGCUGGUUUGGAUUCAAAUGAACGUUGGUUGGGGAUGGGGUUUUGGAGUCCCAGCAGUUGCAAUGGUCAUUGCAAUUAUAUUUUUUUUUGGCAGUCCGCUGUACAGACUUCAAUUACCAGGAGGGAGUCCCCUAACGAGGAUUUGUCAAGUUGUCGUUGCAGCGUGCAGAAAAUUUACAGUGAAGGUACCAGCUGAUAAGUCCCUUCUUUAUGAGACUGCCGAUCCAGAAUCUAACAUCAAAGGAAGCCGCAAGCUCGAAUACACAGAUAACAUCAAGUGCUUAGAUAAGGCAGCGGUGGAGACUGAAUCUGAUACCAUGAAGGGAUCACCAAGUCCAUGGAGGCUCUGCACAGUGACACAAGUGCAGGAGCUGAAGGCCAUAAUUCGCUUGUUGCCAAUAUGGGCAUUACUGAUCAUCUUUGCAACUGUAUACAGUCAGAUGAACACCAUGUUUGUUUUACAGGGCAACACAAUGGACCAGCAUAUUGGCCCUCACUUCAAAAUCCCAUCAGCCUCCCUCUCCCUUUUCGACACUCUCAGUGUCAUCUUCUGGGCACCAGUAUACGACCUCAUCAUUGUCCCCUAUGCGAGGAAAUUCACUGGCCAUGAGAGAGGAUUCACACAGCUUCAACGAAUGGGCAUAGGGCUUGUCAUUUCCAUUUUCUCCAUGAUUGUUGCUGGGAUUUUAGAGGUUGUUCGUCUCAGCAUGGUUCGGAGGAACAACUACUACGACCUCGAGUACAUCCCCAUGUCGAUUUUCUGGCAAGUGCCACAGUAUUUUCUGGUUGGAUGUGCUGAAGUGUUUGUUAACAUUGGUCAACUGGAGUUUUUCUAUAACGAAGCACCUGAUGCAAUGAGAAGCUUGUGCUCAGCUCUGUCGCUCACAACUAAUGCAUUAGGGAAUUAUUUGAGCACCCUGCUUGUUACUAUUGUGACUAAAGAAACCACAAGGCAUGGCAAGCUUGGUUGGAUUCCAGAUAAUCUUAACAGGGGUCAUCUUGAUUAUUUCUACUGGCUCUUGGCCGUUCUCAGCUUGCUUGACUUCCUUGUCUUCAUCUGGGUCGCCAAGAGGUAUACAUACAAGAGGAUCACUGCAUCUUCUCGUUGACGCGUUGGCUCUAGCGUUAGGACACACAGCCCUCCCGCUAAUUAUUCGUUCCUUGCAUUUCUAGGCAGCUUUAAUGGCUUACAGCCUUAGAUAUCAGUGGCUUUAAUUUGUUAGGUCGGAAUUCUCCGUAUCUUGUUUUUUUUUUUUUUUCAUUUAAUUCUUGUUAGUUGCAUUGUCAUACGUUUCGAUCUGUAUAUAUUUUAUUUGAUUUGUUUAAAUUAUUGUUUUUUUUUUUUUAAUGAAGAUUGCUUCAAUGUUAGUUUAAA